GCGGCAUCCUGGGAUGUGUAGUCUGGCCGGGACCGGGACACCCCCUCGGAUGAAUGGGGCCGGAGCCGACUGCGAACUACAGCUCCUCGGCCGGCAGCGUCGGUGGCGGCUCCGGGGGAGAGCAGCGCUGCAGGGCCGUGGGGAUGUUCUGUGCCGCGGCGAACGCAGCAGCCGGGCUUCUUAGGGUGGCGGUAUAAGCGGGCGCCUGCUUGUGCGCGCUCGCUCUCCUUCCCCGGCACCGGUCAUGCGCCCGGCGUUCGCGGUGGGCCUGGUGUUCGCAGGCUGCUGCAGUAACGUGAUCUUCCUAGAGCUCCUGGCCCGGAAGCAUCCAGGAUGUGGGAACAUUGUGACAUUUGCACAGUUUUUAUUUAUUGCCGUGGAAGGUUUCCUCUUUGAAGCUGAUUUGGGAAGGAAGCGGCCAGCCAUCCCAAUCAGGUACUAUGCUGUGAUGGUCACCAUGUUCUUCACUGUCAGCGUGGUGAACAACUAUGCCCUGAAUCUCAACAUCGCCAUGCCCCUGCAUAUGAUAUUUAGAUCUGGUUCUCUAAUUGCCAACAUGAUCCUAGGAAUUAUCAUUUUGAAGAAAAGAUACAGCAUAUUCAAAUAUACCUCCAUUGCCCUGGUGUCUGUGGGGAUAUUUAUUUGCACUUUCAUGUCAGCAAAGCAGGUGACCUCCCAGUCCAGCUCCAGCGAGAAUGACGGAUUCCAGGCAUUUCUAAGGUGGUUACUAGGUAUAGGGGCACUGACUUUUGCUCUUCUGAUGUCAGCAAGGAUGGGUAUUUUCCAGGAGACCCUAUACAAACAAUUUGGGAAGCACUCUAAGGAGGCUUUGUUUUAUAAUCACGCCCUUCCCCUCCCGGGUUUCAUCUUCCUGGCUUCUGACAUUUAUGACCAUGUGGUUCUGUUCAAUAAGUCUGAAUUGUAUCAAGUCCCCUUCAUUGGUGUGACAGUGCCCAUCAUGUGGUUCUACCUCCUCAUGAAUGUCAUCACUCAGUACGUGUGCAUCCGGGGUGUCUUUAUCCUCACCACAGAAUGCGCCUCCCUUACCGUCACCCUUGUCGUGACUCUGCGCAAGUUUGUCAGCCUCAUCUUUUCCAUCUUGUACUUCCAGAACCCUUUCACUCUGUGGCACUGGCUGGGUACCUUGUUUGUCUUCGUUGGGACCCUAAUGUACACAGAGGUGUGGAACAACCUAGGGACCACAAAAAGCCAGCUUCAGAAGGAGGACAAGAAGAACUGAGGCCAGCCUGGAACAGAGAGACCGGUGUCCAAAUGGGCCAGGGUCUGGUGAAGGUCUGGCCACCGUUUCGCUUUUGUUAAUGCUGAAGUAUUGAACCAGCCAUGUACCAGAGAAUCCUCAGAACGAGGGACGCCUCAGAUUUCUUACCGCUGUAGACACCAACGUUUGUGGACUCUGAAUGGAAACCCCGCAACCCUGAAAUAGAAAUAAGAACAGUCGUCCACUAUUGAACAGCCAGUUGGGUUGUCACUUGUUUACCAGAAUAUUUAGUACUGUUACUUGUUUAUUGAAUUCUGAGUCCUCAGAGCUUCUAGUUUUAUAUCCGUGGUCUCGGGCAAGAUUAUCUCUUGUUGCUAUUCUGAUGGUUCUCUGCCAUAUAGUCAUUAUCAUCCUGUGGCCUCGUCCCUUUUUUUUUUUU